UGAGGAUUCGCUGAGAAUUCAUUGCGGGGAAUAUAUCGCUGUUCCAUUGACCUAAUCUGAUACUGACGGAUACGAUUUUUCUUUCUUCCUCUUUAAAGAAUCGAAAAUGGCAGGCAACGCGGACCAGCAGAAAAUCCUGGAGCUCCAGCAGGAGCUGCAGAAGCUGCAGAAGCUCCAGGCUCAAGGCAACCCUUUCGAUACAUACCAAACCUCCUUGACCACUCGCUACUGCAGCGUUGAAAUGUCAACUCUGUUCAGCCAACGUUCGAGACAUUCGACUUGGCGCAAGUUGUGGCUUGGUCUUGCCGAGAGUGAAAAGGCUCUCGGACUCGAGGCCAUCACUGAGCAGGCUCUCGAUGAGAUGCGGGCUCACCUUGUAGUUACUGACUCCGAUUUCGAGGUUGCUCGUAUUGAAGAAAAAAAACGUAGACAUGAUGUCAUGGCUCACGUCCACGCCUUUGGUGUUGUUGCCCCAGCCGCAGCCGGCAUCAUUCACGUCGGCAGCACCAGCUGCUUCGUUACCGACAAUGCGGAGCUGAUCCUUAUGCGAGAUGCCCUGGAUCUGCUUCUGAAAAGACUGGCCAAGGUCAUUCGCAACCUCUCGGCCUUUGCUAUGGAGUGGAAAGGUGAACCGACACUCGCCUAUACCCAUCUUCAGCCUGCGCAACUUAUUACCGUAGGCAAACGAGCUGCUCAGUGGGUGCAGGACCUCAUGAUUGAUCUUGAGAACAUCGAGCAAGUUCGAAAUGGACUCAAAUUCCGAGGCGCACAAGGAACCACUGGAACCCAGGCAUCCUUCCUGGAAAUCUUUCAAGGAGACUCUUCCAAGUGUGACAAACUCAACGAGCUUCUGUGUGAAAAAUUCGGUUUCCCUGGAUGUUAUGACGUUUCCACACAGACUUACACACGCAAGGUGGACUUGGUCGUCGCUAAUGCUGUCGCUGGCCUUGGUGCUACAGCGCAGAAGAUCUGCGGAGAUAUUCGACACUUGGCCGCGUGGAAGGAGAUUGAGGAACCCUUCGAAGCAUCACAAAUCGGAUCAUCAGCCAUGGCCUACAAGCGAAACCCAAUGCGCUCUGAGAGAGUGUACAGCUUGGCGCGUGAACUGAUGUCGAAGCCUGCCAGUUUCGCCAAUACCCUGUCGGAUCAGUGGGCUGAGCGUACUCUCGAUGAUUCUGCUAUUCGUCGAAUUGAUAUCCCAGAAACCUUCUUGCUUGCCGAAGCAAUCCUCCUUGGGCUUGACAACAUCUCCAACGGAUUGGUAGUAUACCCGAAGCGAAUCCAAGCUCGAGUCCUGGAAGAGCUUCCCUUCAUGAUUACGGAGAGCAUUAUCAUGAAAAUGGUUGCACAUGGAGCAUCCAGACAAGACACCCAUGAAGAGAUUCGUGUUCUCUCACACCAAGCCGGAAGCGUUGUGAAAAAUGAGGGCAAACCAAAUGACCUCGUCUCGCGAAUUCAACGCACCGAGUUCUUUAAGCCUAUCUGGAGCCAACUGGAUGGCAUGCUCCGACCUGAACUCUACAUUGGCCGCAGCGUAGAGAUCGUAGAGAAGUACUGCGGAGCUGGCAGCCCAGUGGAGAAAAAGCUGGCGCCGUAUAUGAAGUACAUCGCUGAAACUGCUACUGCUGAGCUCAACGUCUAGAAAAGGCUCUUUUCUAGGUAGUCAGCGCAGGAUAGUAAGUCUUUAAAAUGCAAGCUCUUGUAGAGAAAGGGGCCUCAAUGGUGUUGUGAAAACUCACGGGGUUUAAGUUUGAUGUGUUUUACCCCUCAACUAGCAAUAGUAGUGAAAAUCCAAUAAAAUCAAAGUACAAUUGCCG